ACAAACUGUUUACUAAACUUACGUAAAUCAUUUUCCCUUUUUCAUUAUUAAUUUAAAAGAUCCGAAAUAGAAAUCAAAUAAAGAGACCCGUCAAUGUAUUAAAUCGGAGCCAUCCACGUCCACCUCAUCAGAUUCCCUCUGAGGAAGAUUCCUCUCUCUCUCUCUCUCUCUAGAAAUACUUUGCAAAUCGCCGUUCUUAUCCACCGCAGAGCCAUCGCAAUCUCCGUCUCCAUUAGCUCCCAGAAGUCAGAUCCCACGAGCUCUACAUGAAAUUCGGCAAAGAGUUUCGUACACACCUCGAAGAAACCUUACCAGAGUGGAGAGACAAGUUCCUUUGCUAUAAGCCCUUGAAAAAGCUUCUCAAAUACUACCCUUACUCCUCCGCCGAUUUAGAAACCGCUAAUUCCGAUCAGAUCGACCUGCGUCCGGUGUUUGCCGACACUACUAACAUCUCUUCCGCCGACGUUGCGGCGUUCCCCGGCGUCAGGCCUUCGGAAGAUCUUCAGGGUUCGUUUGUGAGGAUACUCAAUGAGGAGCUCGAGAAGUUUAACGAUUUUUACGUCGAUAAGGAAGAAGAUUUCGUUAUCAGAUUACAGGAGCUGAAGGAAAGAAUCGAGAAAAUUAAGGAGAAGAACGGUAAGGAUGGGGAAUUUGCAUCAGAAAGCGAGUUCAGUGAAGAAAUGAUGGAUAUUCGCAGAGACCUUGUCACCAUUCAUGGCGAGAUGGUGCUCCUAAAAAACUACAGCUCCCUAAAUUUUGCAGGACUUGUCAAAAUUUUGAAGAAGUAUGAUAAAAGAACAGGUGGGCUUCUGCGUUUGCCUUUCACACAGGUUGUUCUCCAUCAACCUUUCUUUACAACAGAGCCACUUACAAGGUUAGUCCGUGAAUGUGAGGCGAAUCUUGAGCUUCUCUUCCCAUCAGAAGCAGAAGUUGUAGAGUCUUGUAACACAACAGUGUCAACCUCACAACAAAACAGCUCACCAAGAAUCUCAGCCCAGACUUCCUCAACACUCGGCGAUGAGAAUCUUGAUAUAUACAGGAGUACGCUCGCUGCAAUGAGAGCCAUACGAGGGUUACAGAAGGCCAGCUCCACCUACAAUCCUUUAUCAUUCUCAUCGCUUCUUAAGAACGAGGAUGAUGAGACGGUAACUGCUGAAAACUCUCCAAACUCUGCAGAUUUGGAGAGCAAAGAUGAAUCAGAGAAGGAAGAUACUGGACCUUCCCUCUGAUGACAAGAGACUGAUGCUCCUUGCGAUGAAGAUUUUGCUUUCUUAAUAUCACACCCUAACUUAUCAUAAAUUAACACAUUUUGCGUUUUUUUACACUUGUCCGCAACUCUUCACAUUUUGCAGAUCACAGAGCUUUUGUGUGCAUUUGAACUGUAAGAACACUACUUUAUAGAUCAAUAAUAUUUUUCUCAAUUGUCUCAACCUUUCUCCCAUUUUGCAAAUUGGUUUGAAAAAUAGUCUCAGGAACUGCUAUCAUCCAUCCACUUGAUCUGUUCACCAGUAAUCCGAACAAGAACAAGAGCCUCCCUUGAACUGAUGAAAUCUAUUUCUAUCUCUGAUGAUGAUUUCUCUGUCGUAGAUCUUUGAAACAAUCUUCAUAGCCGAAUGACAAUCCCGACAUAUCCUCAGAUUCUUAAAGACAUGAAGAGGUGUUCUCGGUUUCGUUUCCAAAAGCCCAAAACAGACAGCCAAUUUCUCGCUGUGACAGAACAAAGCUUGCUCUUUAUCUUCCAAAUCACCCUCCGAUGGAGAAACCAGGCCAGAGACAUCAGGCACAUAACCAGCUGAUCUAAUCCGUUCAAUCACUUCAUUCAACUUCAAGUAGAUCUCUUUCAUUCUCGGGUGUGAUCUAUCUCCUGAGCUGAACCGAUAAACAGAGCCGUUCAAGUAAAUGGAACUCAUACCUGGUGUUUUCCUGAUUCCUCUGUUUCUCAUACUUCCUCUUAAACCAUCUACAACGUCACUCCUUCCUUCUGCUGCAUACAUGUUGGAUACAAGUAUUUGGUAUUCCAUGUUGCCUGGACUCAUCUGAACAAGCUCUCUUUGAAUCCGUUCGGCUAUCUCCAGCUUUCCAUGGACGCUACACGAGCCUAGAAGCGAACCAAGGACAACUUCAUUCGGUGGCACUGGCAUCUCCCUCAUCAAGAUCUCUGCUUCUUCGAUACGACCAGCUCUGCCCAAAAGAUCUACCAUACAUGCAUAAUGGUCAACCUUAGGUUUCAACCCAUGGCCUCGGAGGCUGUGGAAACAUCGCCACCCUUCUUCCACCAUCCCCGAGUGGCUGCAAGCAAUUAAGACGGCAGUGAAGGUUAAGUCAUCUGGCUUCACCUCUCUUACCAUCUCUAGGAACAUGUCAACCACCAUACUACCUUUCCCGUGCAUUGCUAAUCCGCUAAACAAGGCGUUCCACGUUACCACAUUCCUCUUACGCAUCAAUCUGAAGACUUUCACGGAAGAAUCUAUGUUUCCGCAUUUGGCAUACAUAUCAACCAAUGCCGUUCCCACCAUGACAGCAUCACAACUCUCUUCCUCUUCCAUCAUCAUUGCCUUCUUCACCGCAUACACAUGAACCCAUCGUCCAAUUACCAGGUUUCCCGAUUGUGCGCAAGCUGAUAGCAUCGAGCAAAGGGUGACGAAAUUCAAAUCAUGCCCACAUUUAAACACCAUUCCAGCCAGAAGCUCCAAUGCUUCACCUGUAAACCCAGCUCCCACAUACCCAGCAACCAUAACCGUCCAAGCAACAGCGUUUCUCUCAGGCAUUUCGUCGAACACCUCUCUUCCUCUCUCUAACCCCUCCCAUUUCAAAGCCGUGUCCAAAGCCACCGUCCAUGAAACAACGCUCUUCUCCUCUAACACCUCGAAUAUGCGUUUGACUUCACCAACAAACCCACAUUUCCCAUACAUAUCCAUUAAGGCAUUGCAAACCUUUACACUAGUCAAAAGUCCCAUCUUUACGGCAACCCCAUGCCCUUGUUCACCGAACACAACAUCUUCCAACUUGGAACAAACGCCAAACAAGCAUACUAAAGAAACGUCAUCAAUAUCUACCCUUUGCCUUCUCAUUUCCACGAAUAGCUUCAUCGAAUCAACCAAUGAUCCGUACCGGGAGUAAGAGGAUAACAAAGUGGUCCAAUCCACAUUGUCUUUCUCUGACAGAGGAAUUUCGUCGAACAGUUUCUGUGCCGUAGCCAUGUCACCUGAUGCAGCAUAGAACUGAAACAGCUUGUUGCUAAAGUACGACCUCGGAGCUUUCUUCAAUCCAGAAGUGGUUAAAGCGGCGUGUAGCUCCUUUCCGUGACGGAGAAACGAGCGGUGCGCGCACUGUUGGAGAAGGAGACGAACUUUUUGGUAGGAUAAGCAUUUCAUAAGAUUAUGAUCAAAAGCUCCUCCCUUUUUUUGUUCCCUCUCAAUUUCUAUAACUGAUAGAAAUUUCGAGC